AUGGUGUUUAUCCAAAAUUAUUUGUUAAAAUCUGUUACAAAGCCAAUUCGUAAUUAUCUCCGGAGUCGAUUUUUGGACACAUUGCGCCUAACUACAAAAGGUGGCCACGGUGGUAAUGGUCUGCCCAAGUACGGCGGUGUCGGUGGGCAGGGCGGUGCAGUAUAUUUUGUGGCAAAGGAAGGAAAAUCGUUACGUGACGUCGUAACGAAGCAUCCGAACAAACGUGUCGUCGCAGGAAAUGGAGAGGAAAGUUCCAAGGCUAGAAUUCUCGGUCGUAGAGGAAUGGACCAAAAGGUGGAAGUGCCUGUGGGUAUUCGUGUUUUAGACCAAGAGACAGGCAUUAUUUCAGAGUUGGAUGAGGAAGGAAAAUCUUAUCUGGCUGCCGGUGGCGGUAGUGGUGGUUGUUCGGGAAAUUCGUUCCUCGGCAAACCCGGUCAACUUCGUACCGUAACACUAGACCUAAAGCUUAUUGCGGACGUUGGGUUGGUUGGUUUUCCCAAUGCGGGCAAAAGCACGCUCGUGAAAGCAAUCUCUAAUGCUUCGCCAAAAAUUGCAUCCUAUCCAUUCACUACAAUUCGACCCCAAAUUGCAACGAUAGAGUACGAGGACUAUCGGCAAAUAACGAUAGCCGAUCUGCCCGGGCUGAUUGAGGGAGCGCAUGCGAACUUUGGCAUGGGUCACAAGUUCCUGAAGCACGUCGAACGCACCCGACUAUUGUUGAUCAUCGUGGACGUGUUUGGGUUUCAGCUAAGUCAACAGCACCGCAAACGCAACUGUCUCGAGACGGUGUACGCGCUAAAUAAAGAGCUGGAACUAUACGACAAAUCGUUGCUCGAUAAACCCUGCGCUCUGAUCAUCAACAAAAUGGACAAGGAAGGAGCAGUGGAUGAGAUAUGUAAAUACGAACAGUACUUCCAUUCGCUAGAGGAUGGUCUGAAAUUGUGUCCCGAAGAGUUGAUACCUAAUAAGCUGCUUUCGCUUGACGCCGUUAUACCAAUUUCAGCCAAAAGCAUGAAGGAAAUUGAAAAAGUUAAGCAAGAAGUGCGGACAAUUCUCGAUUUGAAGGCCGAAGAAGCGGUACAACAAGAAGAAUCAGUAGACAGAAACGAUCAGCUGCAGCUAAAGCUAAAUGAGCGAGGACCUAAAGUUGUAUAA